CACACCAAAUCAAUCUCAUUCCAUCCUCCCACACAAUACAACGUCUACCACUCCUGAUAGCAUUGCCGAUUUGAUAUCUAUCAUCGACAUUCCCUUCUACGAAGGGUUUUAUUUCUAUUUACACCACACUGCCUAACCUAAGUCUAAGAAAUGGCCGAGGUUCAGGCACGAUCCCAGGCGCCGUCCUCUCGAGGUCGAGGCGGCGGCCGAGGUGGAAGAGGAGGCUUUGGUGGCCGUGGCUCUGCACCUAGACGAAUUAACGGCGACAAACUUACGACUGCUGAUGCGACCGCUACAGAUGACGAUGGCGAUGUCAGCCUACUGAGGAAGCAGUACGGCGGCAAACUUGACGCCAUUAAGGAAUUAUUCCCUAGCUGGUCCGACGCCGAUGUCCUAUACGCUCUACAGGAAACAGACGGCGAUAUUGAGGUUACGGCUACACGAAUUGUAGACGGUACAAUCUCUCAAUGGGGAGAGGUUUCGAAGCCGAAGAAGACCACCGCCCGUCCUAAAGCUAAGGAUUCUGCUACAUCUACCGGUUUAACUGAAUCUUCCGGGAACAGACCUGCACGUGGUGGCCGUGCGGAUGGUGCACGAGGUGGACGCGCUCGCGGAAAUGAGCGAGGUAGGGGAAGUGGCCGAGGCCGAGCGACCACUCAUCCCGCCACUAACGGCCAGCGAUUCAAGGAGAAUCAACAGCUCUCCGUUCCGACCGAAGAAUCCUCUAGCUGGGGACCCACGAAAACGAGCGAAGGUGCAUCUACAAAUGAUGCUAGCGCCACAGCCUCGGGCGCAAAUGAUUCUACUGCCGAGACCGUCACGACUCCUACUCCCACCGCCGCUGCUGUUGAUACUGCCUCUGUCAAACCCGCUGUCAUCCCUCAAGGUACACAGAAGACUUGGGCCAGUAUGUUGCGACAGUCGACUGCUCAGAAGCCUGUAGCCAAGCCGAAGGAGACACCCGCCCCGAAGCCUGCCCCCGAGGUCUUGGAGCCUCUUCCACCUGUCGAACCUGCUGCGCCGGAACCUGAGCCGGAGCCUGUUGUUCAAGAGCCUGCUAAGGAAGUAGUUGAGCCUUCUGCCCCUGUGGAGCCCCCUAAGGUUAUCGAACCUGAAGUUGCCCUCCCUCCUCCCGAGGAUGAUUUGACUCGAAUUAACCUAGAGCAGCUUCCUGACGAGUCUAAACCGCCCACGACUGCUACAGCUGCUAGUACCACAGCAGAUUCCUGGGACCCGAGACAACCCCAACAGAGCGCCACAGCCACCCCCGUAUCGGCCUCGCACGCUCAACACCAAACUGCACGCCCCACCGCUAGUGGUUAUGCCGCGACGGCGAUCAAGGCAACUGAGCGACCCGCUCCUCGCAUGCCCAGUUACCAGAAGCGACUUCUCGAGCAGGAAGAAGCGGUCCGAAUGCCCGGUAAUCGCGAGGUCGAUCGUGCUGCUGUGCAAUUUGGUGCCUUUAGCUUAAACGGCAUCGAAGAUGAUAUCGACGGAGACCGCGAAGACCCCGAGACUCGAACUCAGCCACCACCUGAGUCGCCGGUUGCUGUCCCUCGAGCAUCCCUACCUCCCGUCGCCCAACCUGCUGCGGUUCCUGAGGCUUUCCCACCUGCCCAGAAGCCUGCCACUUCUCUCCCUUCGGCGCCUGUGACAACUGCGACGCCUGUUGCUCCACCCACCGGUCCAGCCGCUACCACACCCCAGCGUAUGUCGCAGUACCCUCAAAUCAGUCACCCUACUAAUACUGAUAUAGCGCCACAAGCGCCUUCGAACAACCAACAGUUCGGACGUUUUGGCCAGACGAGCGUGCAGGAACCAGCUGGGUUCCCGCAAAAGCCUUACGACUCUUUCGCUCAGCAGACAGCUACAACGUCUGCUGGUCUCGAUAGUUUCCCGACCCCGACUACCCAAGCGGCAGGACCGCAAACCAGCGGCGCGUUUAGCUCAGCCCCGAGCGACUAUUCUUCGUAUUACACAGCUGACCCGCAGAGCCGAAACAGCUAUAACAAUUACUACGGGCAACAGUACGGGCAACAGCAUGCAGGUCAAGCUCACCACGAAACGUCGAACGCCCCGAACCGCGGUUUCGGUGCCUACAACGCGGGUCAGAGCGAAAACUUGAGCCAGUAUCCCCAGAGCGGCGCCCAACCGACGAGAUACGGAGCUGCUGCUUCUACCGAGUCGCAUAACAGCGGCCACAACACACCCAACCCUAUUGGACAAGCAGGCCAGCAAGCCUCAGCUCAAACUAGUCAACCGCAGUCCAAUUUGCACCAACAGCCCCAUGCCGGUCAAUAUCCAUACUCGCACCCGUACUAUUCGAGUCCGUAUUAUGCUCAGUAUAUGAGCCAGUAUGGUGGUGGUGGCUAUGGACAGGCGGGAUAUGGUGGUGGUCCUUACGGCAAGGGUGGCCUUUAUGGACAGCCGCAUCAAUAUGGCAUGUCGCCUCAAGGCCCCUAUGACCACAGCUCUUCUCCGGCAACAAGUGGUUUCGGGCAAUCCUCCCUUGCUGGUCGUGAAACCGGACUCGGAUCCGGUGUUGACUCCUACGGUCGGGCGGGCUCUGCUCAAUCUGGAGCACCUGGAGGUCUCGGUAGCAGUGGAUUCGGAAAUGUGCACGACGCGUUUGGCCGCGGUUCGGGUUACCCUUCUCAGGCUGGGCAGGCGUUUAAUGCCCCGAAUGCUCCCGCCUCUACCACUGGCUCUGGUGUUGAUGACUUGAAACCCUACGGUGACACGAAGGCAGCCGGCGGCCCAAGCCCUUCGCUCGCUGCUGCUGCACGACCGGGUUCGGCGACGAACACCACUGCCGCGGGAUCUGGACUUCCACCCCCGCAAUCGAUCCAACAGGGUAUGGGUGGAUAUGGUGGUUACCCUAGCCACCUAAGUCACGGCCUUCAUGGUAAUCAGUCGGCAAGCAGUGCAUAUGGCCUAGGAGGUGCCGGCAACCAAGGGCAUGGCAAUGGUCCAUAUGGAGGAUACGGAGGCAACCAGGGCCUCGGGAACUAUUAUGGUGGACGACAACAGCAGGGUGGCUGGGGCGGUAACUAUCAUUAGGCGUCUGGUCACACUCCCCAAUCUGAUGAGCACCACGGACCUGGAUGGAAAGUGCGUGUUACAUCGAACAC